AGCCGGGCGGGAGGCGAGGACGGGCGGCUGGCGCUGGAGGCGGAGCCGGGGCGCACCGAGUCGGAGCUCCGCGCGCCGCGCCCGCGAGGGAGUGCAGAGAGCAGGCGCCCGCGCGCCCACGGUGGCAGCAGCCGCCCGCACGCCGCGCGCUCUCAGUGAGGGACCUGCAGUUGCAAUAUGACUUUGGAGGAAUUCUCGGCUGGAGAGCAGAAGACUGAAAGGAUGGACAAGGUAGGGGAUGCCCUGGAGGAGGUGUUGAGCAAAGCCCUGAGUCAGCGCACCAUCACCGUUGGGGUGUACGAGGCGGCCAAGCUGCUCAACGUGGAUCCGGAUAACGUGGUGCUGUGCCUGUUGGCGGCGGAUGAGGACGACGACAGGGACGUGGCUCUGCAGAUCCACUUCACCCUGAUCCAGGCGUUUUGCUGCGAGAACGACAUCAACAUCCUGCGCGUCAGCAACCCAGGCCGGCUGGCCGAGCUGCUGCUGCUUGGGCCGGACGCCAGCCCGGCGGCCAGCGAGGGCGCCACGCAGCCCCCGGACCUGCACUGCGUGCUGGUGACGAAUCCACAUUCAUCGCAAUGGAAGGAUCCUGCCUUAAGCCAACUUAUUUGUUUCUGUCGGGAAAGUCGCUACAUGGAUCAGUGGGUUCCAGUGAUUAAUCUCCCUGAACGGUGAUGCCAUCUGAAUGAAAAUAACUGAACCAAAUUGCACUGAAGUUUUGAAAUACCUUUGUAGUUACUCAAGCAGUUACUCCCUACACUGAUGCAAGGAUUACAGAAACUGAUGGCAAGAGGCUGAGUGAGUUCAACUACAUGUUCUGGGGGCCCGGAGAUAGAUGACUUUGCAGAUGGAAAGUGCUGAAAAAGAAGAAGGAAGCUGUGUUGAAACAGAAAUACAAAUCAAAAGGAACACACAUUACAAAGAAUCACGCAGGAAGGAAAACGAUGUAUUAAUUUAGGAUGGUCGAGUUACGUUAAAAUAAACCAAAUAUGCUUUGUUUAAAGUUUAAAUGUACAGCAGUAAAACAAGAGCCCUCGAGGAAAAGGAAAGCCAAAAGGGUUAAUCCUAUUUUAAAACCAUAUUUUAUUGUAUUUUGAUGAGAUGUUAAAUUCUCAACGUUUUAUUAUAAAUUGUACUAAGUUAUUUUAUGACAGGAAAGGUUAUUUAUGUUAUAAAUUUUUUGAAAUACAAUACCUACAAUAAACUGGUAUGGAAUAA